UUACGAACAGUUUCAUCGUUCCGCAAGCGAGCAAGACAGUCAAGUUAACCCUGCCACGUAAAUGCGGAUCAAUAAACAAAUCGUAGGUGCCCGCAAAGACAAAUAUAUAACCAUUUAACGCCAAAUUGUCGAACUUAUUGUGAUAUUAAGUAUUCUGUUUCGUUUGUGUGAUAAUUCAUCCAAUUUUUACCUGUGAAAAUAAUCUCUGGCUGGCCAGACUGAUAUGGAGCACUAAUGACAAUGCGCGCCCCCGCCCUUUCCGAGCCGAAAUCUACAUUUCCUACCUACAAAGUGCCUCAAUUGUCAGCCAUGAGGGGCCGCGCACCCCCAGUACAAGUCGCUCGGGCAGCUUGGGGGGUACGAGCCAACCCUCCAAGCCCACCCUUUGUCGCCUAUCCGUUAGGUGACCUAUCUGUGAUACCUGGCUCAAGUUGCUGCCCCUCUGUAGGCUGCAACUCUAAUAUAAGGAUGCAAUCUGUGACCGAAAACUGUCUUCUGAAUUCUGUUACCGUACCAAAAAUACAACGUAUUGACCUAAAAUUGGUCGCCCACAAUAAUAGCUCUAAGUUAGAUGAUAAGUUUGGUGCUUUCGGACAAGACAUUCCCAACCAAAAGUCUGAUGACCUCGAAGUUUUUGACCUCUAUAACCUAAUGAAAGACCUCAAUGAGAGCUGCGAUAACAACGACAACUCUUGCAAUGCAUUACCUGAUGAUCUACAGCGUUCCGACGCUUUAUUUCACCGCACAAAUGAUUUUGGAUCAUUGAUCUACUCCAGCCCCCUACGGCUAAGAGGAGGGGGAGAAAGCUCUGGUACUUCAAGCUGGGGAUCUGCUAAUACUCAGCCGGCUGGUAAUAAUAACGCUAACAAUUCGAGUGGCUGGGGUACAGCCAAUCCUGCAAACCAAAACAACGCGGGCACUCAACAAUGGAACACGAAUUCCAAUCGGCCACCGGCCUCCAAUCAGGGACCUACAUCACAAGACGCUAACAAGACCAACUCCAAUAUUACUGCUGGCGGGCCACAGCCUCCUACGUCUCAGUCAAACAAUACCGGAUGGGGACAACCCGGGUCCAAGUCUCAAAACGCAAACAAUUUGCCGACUGCUAGCGUUGCGAACAAUCCGUCUCAACACAACAGCAACCCUAUGGCUACCACGAACUCGACAACAAAGCAGCAGUUGGAGCAGCUCAGCAACAUGCGGGAGGCUAUCUUCAGUCAAGAUGGCUGGGGCGGGCAACACGUGAACCAAGACACAAACUGGGACAUCCCCGGAAGCCCCGAACCACCCAACAAGAUAGACGGUUCGGGCAACUUGCCAUGGAAACCAUCGGUUAACAACGGCACAGAAUUGUGGGAGGCUAAUCUUCGCAACGGUGGACAGCCUCCGCCGCAACCGCAGCAGAAGGCUCCUUGGGGCCAUACCCCAUCGACCAAUAUCGGCGGUACCUGGGGUGAGGACGAUGAGACUGACAGCUCCAACGUUUGGACGGGAGUGCCAUCUACCCAACAGCAAUGGGGAGGGAACAACUCCGCCAAUGGGGCUGCUAUGUGGGGCGGGCCCAAGAAGCAAACAAUAAACGAUCGCCAAACGACCAUUUUCAAGAAAAGGAUCGAUACGAAUUCAACGGAAAACGAAUGGGGUACCGUUGGGAAUGCUACCGGCGGCUGGGGUGCUGAUCCGAGAGCUCCUGACCCUCGUUCUACAGGUCUGGAUCCAAGGGAUAUGCGGCCGGAUCUCAGAGAUAUACGAACAAGCGCCAACGAUUCCAUGAGGAUCGUAGAUCCAAGGGAACAGCUUAGGAUUCCGGGAAAUGACAUGAGAGGAGAUCCUAGAGGAAUCACUGGUCGAUUGAACGGUGCCGGCACUGAGGCCUUUUGGAAUCAGGCUGCACCUCAUUCGGGUGCUCAGCACAUGCAUCACCAGAACAAAAUUGGACCAGGGUCGACAGCUGGAUGGGAAGAGCCUUCGCCGCCAUCCCAAAGGCGUAACAUGCCCAACUACGAUGAUGGCACAUCUCUGUGGGGCAACCCGCAGCAAGGUUCUCAUUGGAAAGAUAUGCCAACAGGCGCUGCUAUGGGUCGCGGAGGCGUGACCGGACCACCCGGCAUGGCGCAGCCUAGGAUCUCGCUACCGAUGAGGAACGGCGGCUCUUGGGACGAUGGUAGUAAAUGGGACGAUCAUCCCAAGUGGCAGAAGCCUAAGAUGCCGGUCGGUGCCGGUCCCCUGUGGGACAACGAACCGGAUUGGGGUCACAAGAUCGGCGGGCCUAACCAGCAGCAGUUCACCAAGGAAAUGGUUUGGAAUUCCAAGCAAUUUCGUUGCCUGGUGGACAUGGGCUUUAAGAAGGAGGACGUUGAAAACGCUUUAAGACUUCGUGAUAUGAACUUCGACGAAGCUCUAGAUUUUUUGAGCCCUCUACGUAAACAGGAGGCUUGGCGACGGGCCGAUGAUGACCAUUUCGAUCAUCAGCAAUUCCCAGGCCAGGGCAGAUUCACGUCAGGACCACCAGGACAAAUGUCCUUUCCUCCUGGGAACAAUUCUUCGAAUAUGCUCAACAACAUGAACACUUCGGGCGGUGCGAACAAUAGCUUAAUUAACAAUAUAUCACCUGCUGUAGUACAAAAAAUGCUUACGCAAGGCGCCGGCGGUCAGGUGUUCGCUGGUGGUAACGGAUCUGGGAGAGGAAACAUACCGCACCAACAACAACCGUCUACCCAGCAACUACGAAUGCUGGUACAGCAGAUUCAGAUGGCCGUACAGGCUGGAUACCUCAACCACCAGAUCUUGAACCAACCUCUCGCACCUCAAACGUUGGUUUUGUUGAAUCAGUUAUUGCAGCAAAUCAAGGCCCUUCAGCAGUUGUCCAAUCAGCAACAGCUCGCCACGCAAUCCUGCAUGAACGGAAAACAGAGCAACAACGCCACCAUUUUGCAAUGCUCUGUGCUUAUCACGAAGACGAAGCAACAGAUCUCGAACUUACAGAACCAGAUAGCUGCGCAACAGGCCAUUUAUGUUAAGCAGCAACAUCAGAGUUUGACCGGAGGGCCCAACGAUUUCUUGAAGAACACCUCGAUGCACGAUUCUAUCAAUUCUAUCCAAACCAAUUUCGCUGACCUUGGAAUAAAGGAUCCGCAACUCUCGCAACAGCAAUCAAGACUGAACCAGUGGAUUAAACCAGAAAAAGAAGAAGGGGGAGAAUUUAGUCGCGCCCCCGGAUCUUCAUUGGCCACUUCUCCAAACAUGAAUCCCUUGGGACUCACCCAACCCGAUGGUGCCAGAAUAUUGAAUGAAUAUUCUUCCAGACCUUGGUCCAGCGGACGAUCCGGCGACACCGGAUGGCCGGACCCGACCGUCGGUGACGUUUCCAACGAUAAAGAGCCGCAAUGGCCCACGACUGCCCAGCCUUCCUUAACUGAUCUUGUACCUGAAUUCGAGCCCGGAAAGCCCUGGAAGGGCACACAAAUCAAAUCAAUCGAAGAUGACCCCAGUAUUACUCCUGGAUCGGUGGUGCGUUCGCCGUUGUCGAUAGCUACAAUCAAGGACAAUGAAUUGUUCAGUAUGAAUCCCAGCAAGAGUCCGCCAACCGGCGACAUUGGAACGUUGAGCUCUUCUACGUGGAGUUUCAAUCCUCCAUCAUCAACUACCAGUGCGUUUACUAGUCCGCAGAGCAAGAUAGGAAACAAAGGACUGGAGAACACCACAACUGCCGUCACAUCAGAAUUGUGGGGUGCUCCUAAAUCAAGAGGACCACCUCCUGGUCUCUCCACUAAAUCAGGAUCUUUAGUGAACGGAUGGUCUAACACCAUUGGCAGUUCGGCCCCUUGGGGCACGAACCAGCAGAGAUCAUCCAAUUGGAUGGCCGCCACCUCCCAGUGGCUCCUACUACGCAAUCUCACUGCCCAGAUUGACGGCUCUACAUUGCGGACCUUGUGUAUGCAACAUGGGCCCUUAUUGAGUUUCCACUUGCAUUUACAUCAAGGUUUUGCGCUUGCCAAAUACUCAUCUCGUGAAGAAGCGACUAAAGCCCAAACAGCUCUGAAUAAUUGUGUGUUGGGUAAUACCACGAUUCUGGCGGAGAAUCCGACAGACUGGGACGCGAACACGCUUCUUCAAACUGUUGCUAGUCAGGGAGGCUCCUCUGGGGGAUGGAGGGCCAACAAUAAACAGCCUGGUUCAGGUGGUGAUACUUGGAGUUCUGGCUGGAGUAAUAACAAUCCUUCCGCAAACCUGUGGGGCACUUCUGGCUUAGAUGUGUCUGAUGCCGCUAGAGCAACUCCCUCUAGUUUAAAUUCUUUCCUUCCGGGAGACCUCUUGGGGGGUGAGUCGAUUUAAGACAGAAGUACGAACUUGAAUUUUCGUCAAUGACAUUAAACAUUCGAACGAGUGUCGAUCUUUACACAUUUUCUACACGUUUUAUUAUAAUGAUUUUAAUGUUUUAUAUAAGGAAAACAUAUAAAUGUCCUACUAGAUGAAACUGAUAUUUAUUGUAUUAUUAUUUAACAAUUCUUUUAUUGUUAUUCUUAAAUGUAAUAUUUAAUUUUUAUGGUGAUUUGAUAAUUGUUUUUUUUUAAGGAUAUUAUGUUUAUUUUAAGUUUGUGGUUUCGCUGAUAUAUACACUAUUGAUUUCCUAAAAAGACAUGGCACUUUUACAGUUCAGUCAAAUCCUGCAAUAUAAUCUGGAAUUGAUUACUCCACAAAUUGUAUAAAUGUGUUUUUUGUGGACUAAGUCAUACUGGUACAAAUAUUGAGAAUUAUACCGUACUUCCCAUCUAUACUCAGUGGUAUUUCUCCGUCUAAAAAAGUAAAAGUGUGGUGUCCUUAAAAAUUGUUGAGGAAUAAUAAUUAUUCCGUUUUGACUAGUUAUCCUUUGCUGAUCUAAUAAUUAUAUCAACCGAAAUGUGUAUAUGUUUGUGCAGCGGCAGUUUUUCAAAAGAUUUAUUAACAAAGUAUUAGGAAUGCAACUUAACUCGAUAUUUGCGACUUAAUAUUCCAUUAGUAAAGUGACUGACACAGAAAUUAAAAACCGAAGUGUUUUCGUUUUCCAUUGGCGCUCAAGUUGAAACGCACUUAAGGGUGACAUUGAAACUAAUUUUUAACUAGUCCCUUAUGAAACAAGAAUUAUAUUUUUACGUGCACGAAGAAAAAGUAAUAUAUAUUUGUGUAAUAUAUAUAAAAAAUAUAUAUACUAGUGGUGACGUUUAUAUUUUAUGACAAAAAUAAUUCUGUACUGUUGUAUGUUUUUGACGAACGUUUCAGCGUAUUUAGAUAUUUUCUUAUAUCGUAUAUUAUCCGUUGUUUUAAUAAUUUAAUGUCGUACCUUAGUUGAACGUAUGUGUUUGUUUUCUUGGUGUGGUUGGCCUCUCUUUGCACAAUGCUACACGUACCCCCCAAACAAAAUGAUGCUGUACCCAUUGUCGUCCGGAUUUUUCCAAAUCUCAAUUUUGCAAAAAGGAUGCCACUUAACGUACAUUCCAUAAUUUAAGACAUUUGGUCAGUCGAACAAGGAGCUCCAGACUUAUUGCAUUUCACCGACUCCAUCUCGAAAUUAAAGCCCACACGAAUUUUCCGAUAGACUAGCGGGGACAAUGCGUACAGACGUUGGAUCGUUCACCCCUUUUUUACCGGGCGUCAGUUUGUGCAAAGACUGUGAUUAAAUUGUUAACCCCACAAAUCCUGUGAUCUCUAAUUCCUUAUAUCAAAAAAAUACACAUACAAAGUAAUUCGUGUAACACAUUGUUGAAAGGAAACAAAAAUCAAUAAAUCACUACAUAAUUGAACUGUAAGCCCCCGAUCUGGGCUCUGUUAGCUGGUAUUAUAACACCACACAAUCAGUUCUUAGACUGCACGCUAUAAGUAUUCUUAAAUAAAUUAGUAAUAAACACAAUAUGAAAUAGCUAAUAAUAUAUAUCGUUCUAACUAGAGUUUAUAUAUAUAUGAUACUAUAUAUAUAUAUAUCUAUUAAUUAGUGUAUUUCAUGUACUGUAUGUAUGUUAGCCAUAGACAAGGGUAUAUAUAUAUAUAUUUAUAUUAGUCCAUUUACUGUGAUUUUGUCGCCCUUCUCAUGAGAGACGGGAUCAACUGCUCUGUGCUCUGGUCGGGAUACAUCAAACAAUCACAAGUGUUAUCGUGGUGUUCAAGAUAUGUCGACACAUCUGUAGCUAACUGUAUGUGUGUUUGUAUGAAUGUGUGCGAGCACUUAGGUGCCUACAUACAGGUAUGAAAGAUAAGAACUACAAUACUAAUCCCUGUGUUAACGAUACAUUUUCCAUUGUAACUUGAGAAUCCCUAUUUGUUCCAGCUGUACAUGGUGUCCAAAAUUCGGUGCCCAGCUAGGGGGAUCUCCGCAACUGGAAGUGGUAGAACCGAAUAGAUUCUCUUUUGCAGGGGAACUAAGAACGGUGAAAGAUUUUGACGAUUUCGUAAAGUUCAAAUAAUUCUUUUGUCUGGGAAAUGUGAAACUUGAACGCUCCACAGGCAGUAACUAUUAUACUUUUGAAAUCUGCGUCUAACUGCCUGUGAAAUAUUCAAAAAACUUAUUUGAACCUUCCGAAACUGUCAGAAUCACAGUUUCCACCAAUAUCUCAAAAACGAAGUCACGUAGGAGGCAGUUUUAAUUUUUUUCACUGUUCUUUGUUUCUCUAAAAAAGAGCUCGGAAACGUGCCAUCUGUUUUGUUCUAGCUACUCUGGUUUCAGAGAUCCCCUUGCCGGACGACGAAUUUGGGGCCACCCUGUGCACACAUUCGUUUUCGAAUAUUACGAUGUAACCGAUUAAUCAUUGUCCCUAACCGAUCGGAAAUUGUAAAACUUUUUGGAAAUUCCUCAAUAUCUUCGAUACAUGAUGUGUUCUUUUUUGGUCAGUCGUUAUGUUGGACUUGCUGACUUUUUUUGUUGAUCUCAUUAGUGUUGGCGCAUCUGGACUCCGCGCGGGUCAUCAUAAUUAUCAAACAAUGCUAAUGAUUAAUUUUUCAAGUUUCGUGAGAAUACAAUUCAAAGAAUGAAGACUGAUACAGACCUUUCAUUUAAGCAUUCGAAUAAUGACAAAUUCUUUGGUUGCAAUUGAAAUUGUACAUAGUUCAACGGAUUACAGGUUCAAUGCAUUAACUAACAUAUGUUUUUUAUGUACACAACUGUGCUGUGACUCUUAAGUGGCUUUUUAAUUUUUAAUAUAUUGUAAAAAUAAAAAAAACGAAAAAAAAAAUUUGAAAAGCUUUGGUUAGCUUUCAACGUUUCGAGGUAUCCGUCAGUUCUUCUGAAUGUUAACAUUUAACUAUCAUAUCCUUUGCGAAAUCGAUUAUUGAAAAUUGAUUCAAUCAUUAUCAUUGUAAUAAUAACGAAUUGUUUCACGGGAACUGGCGGAUAUUUCGAAAUUUAAGAAAUGGUGCAAAAAUCUGGGCCAUUCGACGGGGGGUGAAUUAUGAAAUUCUGCUUUAAUUUGAACAUUUUCGAGAGACGCUUUUGUUUAACCUCACGAAUAGGCCCAUUAAUUGUAAGUUCCAAUAGAAUUUCUAAAUCUAGUAUCUUAUUGCCAAUAUAGUAUAAUAAUUGUAUUUAGAGUUUAGGUUUUAUGAUAUUACAUAGUAAUUAAGAGUUUGGUAGUAGGGUUUUUUCUUGUUGUGUAUACUAAUAUGACAACCCAAAGUCUGAAUGUUUUGGCUGUAGUCCACUUUAGCACUACCCAAAAGCAUUUUUGCGGAAUCCCAUUUCGAUUGAAACGGCUCGUUCACAGUAGAAAAGCCGUAUUAAACUCGUGCCAUUCUGUUAUUUAAAUAUUUGGAAAGACGUUAAAGCCGUACUGGAAAAUAUUGCCUGAUUUUAUUUAUUGUGAAAGAGUUAAAAUGUGAUUCAGAUUUAUCUUUCAAUUCCCGAAUAUUAACCUGAACUUCACAAUCUUCAAAUCAAAUGAUCAAACUAGUCAAUAACAUUUAGGGACCAACUGAAAGACUUCUGUGAAAUUCGUUAUAAGGCAAUAGACGUUGAGUUGAUUGGAUGACUUUCGAUUUUUAUUGUUAUCAAGAUUUGGAUUUGAAUUUAGGGCAUUUCUGAUUUAAGUCAAAAGCAUAUCAUCUUAUUUAAUACUAAGGCGAAUGGAAGGAUUUGGGACGUUUUGGAUAGUUCGUAAAAUGUUCUACAGCAUCAAUGAAACGAUUUGAGUCUUUCGACGUUCAAGCACUUCUGCCUAGGUGCCCAGCCAAAUUUCAUACUCGUAAUUGUCUCGAAUGACUGCUAUAUCCAGCAAUCCUUUGCUAUUUCAUGUACGAAUGGAUGACCAUUGAAUUUCCAUUCAAUUUGAAGUGCUGUGUUGAAUGAGAGAAAAGUUGACGUUAUUUAGUGAGCAAUCAAAAAUACUCCGGAAAUAAUUUAUUCGUUUUUUCGUAGCCAAAAAAAUUAUUUAGUUAUACAGAGUGCAUCAAAUAACUUGCCCUAUUAGCCGUUCCAAGAUAAAAAUAUUCUUCUAAUAAGUGGAUAAUGAAGUAUUUGCUAUGUCGAAUGACCGAUUCUAACAUAACAUCCCUAAUACGCUAUGUUAUUUGGAGCACCCUGUAUACUGCUUCAGUGAAAAUGUGAUCUUAUUUUAAAAGGUGAUGUUGAGUGGUAAAUGCACAACUCCAACUGAUUCCAUCUGUUCAAAUUAUUCUGAAUGUAACAAAAUAUUUUGAAACUUGUAGUGUUUAAUAUUAUCCAAAAAAAUAAAAAAAAGUUCGUUUGGGUCGUCUUCGAGAUUGCAAACAUAUUUGUGGAUGAUCUGGUGUUCAGAAAGGCCAUGUCGAUGACUUGGUUUGUUGAAUGUACUUAAUUGAGAAUGCAGUGAUUCAAAGCAAUUUUCACCAUAUAAACAUGAAAGUAACCUGAUAUUUUGCAAUAUGAAAAUGGCAACGAAUGAAAGUAUAUUUAUGUAAAAUUCGAGUGUUUUUCAUAUAUACAUAUAUCGUUCUUCAAUGCAAAAAAGGAAAUACUCAACUUUUAAUCCCCAGUCAUUUGCAAAUUAGAUAUGAGCUAAAUAUGUAUACAGGGUAUCGAAUCUUCUUUUGUUUUUAAUAUCAUUCCGAAAUUCAGAAGCACCUUUACUUUUAAUACAACAUUUCUAAGUACCUACCCAAAUUGUACAAAUCGUUUGUGAUUCCAAUAAAAUACUUUCCAUGACACAAAAUUUCAUCGUGUUUCUUUGUCAUAACAUUGUAUAGUUAAUCAAAAAUGGGAAUGUUUCUGAACCAAAUUGUAAUCUUGUGAACAGAUGUGCUUCGUAUAAAAGCCGCCUGUGUAUGGUAUUUAGGUUAAAAGUAUUUGUGAUCAAAGUGCCACUUGUGUUUCAAGUAUAUAUAAUGUCGCCACUGAAUGUAUAUAUUAUUAUAAGAAGAGUAUAAUAAAUAACAAUAUAUUUGAAUUAUGAACUGGCAUAACUGCCAUGACUAGAGAAAUUGGUGUUCGGUAGUAUUUAAAUAUAUUAGAUCUGGAAAAUUACAUAUUUGAAUGAUUUAGUAUAAGGAAAACUGAAAAAUACUUCGAACAUAUUGGAAUAUUUUGGAAAUAAAACAUCUGAUGUUUAUUAUAUCGCAUCAGUUGUAUGAAAUAUCAUGUACAAAAACAGUUGAAAUUGUUCACCUUAUGUGUCAUUCAGAUAAGGUAUCAUUGCACAGGGAGUUUCAAAUGAAAAAGAAUGAAUAGCACCUAGUUGAAAAUUGAUACUAAAAUACAAAACUCUUAAUAACAGAGGUCAGAAAAAUUGUUGUAAAUAAAUGCUUUUAUAGCACAUAUAUGAAUUUAUUCAUAUAUAUCAUUCCCUAGAGAUUGUUUUGAAUUAAACCUUGUGCAUUGAUUGACAGUAAUUUUUUUCUACCGAAGAUCAUCGAGGUUCUACCUGAAAUUAAUGUGAUUGUUCUUGGAAGAAUUGGCAAUAAGUAAGAAUUCGAUUCUAACAAAGCCUUUGAUGAAUUCAAUUAAGCCCAAGCCUUUUGGAAUAAUGCAGUAGAGAUGACAUUAGGAAUGGCCAGUAUCAUCUUGUCCCAUAUGCUGUCAUAUUCAAGGUCAAAAUUGAAUAUUCCUGUUCCUUGUCACCUUUGGGUGAAAAGUUUGCAGUGUUCAGAAAAAGAUGAUACCAAAAUAUGUGCCUAUUUAGACGAUAUUGUAAUAACAAUAAAAAAUUCAUUUCAUGUGACCUGUCGGGGUCUGGAAACUUCUGAAAGUGACUAUCGUCAAUUGUAGUUUCUUUUACAACAACUGAAUAUGUGAAUUGUUUGAUCGCAUAAUGGAUAUUUCUUAUUUUUUGGAAAAUUUAAUGCGCUCAAAUAAUUCCGCUUGAUAAUCGUUAACCAAUUAGACUCAAGUUGUAGAAAGUUCUGAUUUCAUUUGUGAGUUGGUUGAAAAAUAUCAAUUUGUGGGUUUAUGGGUUGAAAUUAUUAUAAAGAUAAGACUUAGAUGUAAUACUUAAUUAGGCAGCAUUUCAGUCAUGGUUAUGACUUGAAAAAAUCAUACCACAAUGUGCAAUACUAUUUUCCUCUCAAGUAUUAAUACUAGGCUUUUGUUUUCUCGUUAUCCACAAAUUUUCUGCUUUUAUGAUCAACUUAUUUCCCUGAAGUAGGCUUACAGUUUCUUGCCAUCUUAUUCUGAUUAUAUACCAAAGAUAUGAAGUGUCAUAUUUCCAGUUUUCCCAGUACCUCUCAAAAGUAUCUUCCAAAGGGUUGUGAUAUUUUUUAUCCUUUUACCCUAGAACAAAUUGAAAGAAGUAGAAUUGUCAGAAAUUUUCAUUAAAAAUGAUCACAUUCUAAAACUCUGCCAAAGAAGUUCCAGUGAAAUUUUUGAUAGGAUCUGGGACAAUUCUGUAACCUAUUAGUUAUAUUCAAAAUUUUUUUAACUAGGGUUCUUUACGUUAUGCACAACCGAAGUGCCUAUUAGCCUGCAAUUGUAAUCUCUGGGCCUGACUCUUAGAGGGAAAAAUUAAGAUAGUAUAGCGAAUAUUAAUGUUUAAGAUCCAUUGUACAAUGAAGAACAGAUAAAAAUAGGUCGUACCUUUUGAACUGAAGAAGUAUAUGAUAAGAUGUUUUUUUGAUUGUUUGAAAAUUUAUCGACAUCUCUAGAUAGAGAAUCCUGCAAAAACUUCCAAAGAGAGUUACACUGACAAUAGAAUUCAAAAACUUAUGUAUCGAUUAUUCAUAAUAACUCCAUUAACACAAAAAGUUUGACUGUGAAAAACUCAAAUUGAUUUCCAGUAUGAUGUAACCUCUUUGAGAAUGAUAUGUUGCCAUUGUGAAAAUUAUCCUUGGAAAAAUUAUAUCCUGUAUCAUCUGUACACCAAAAUCGCCAAUCAUAUUCUUAAUUUUCUCAAAAAUUUAUCGAUUAACGAUUAGAAAACUGAACUGUUUUGGGUAAUAUUCACAAUUACCAUGGGCACGAAUGCAAAUAGCUUUUGGGCUGGUUUGCUUGGUUGUGGAGCGAAUUUUCAGUAGAGAUAUCGAGUGUUAUUUAGAUGAUCUCAUUGUGGAGAUUAAAAAAGCUAGCUGGAACUGCCAACUGUAAAAAGAUAGAAGAAAUUUUGUAUGUCAUAAAUAUUUGAAGAGUAACAAGUAGGUUAAAAAUUGUUAAAAUUGCAAUAUGUUGGAGCCAAUAAUUCAUUAGGAGUUGAUAGUUACAGUCGAGAAGAAGGCUUGAAAUAUGUGUUAAGUUAAGAAGGUAUUUGUUAGAUAUGAAUAGGCCCUCUUUAUCUCAGGAUUGAAAUAUUAUCAGUGUGUGUAGGAUUAAGCUGAAAAACAUUCCUCUUCAAUUUUAAAUUUACGAGUUUUCUUCUUUAUUCAAAAUUUAUGAACAACCAAUAAUUUCGAUGUUAACCAUCUAGUAAAUAAUGAAAUGGUAAGAUAUUGGGAAUUAGUUUGUAGGUUCUGCCUCACCAUGGCCUGAAAGACUGUAGUAACGCCCAGUGACUGAUUGAAAAUAGAUCAAUUGUCAAUUUGAAACAUUUCCAAUAUUCACUCAAUUUUCAAAAAGUUUUUUUUUUAUCAUGAGUACUUAUCUUUUUCCACGUCUUUUUUCCAAAUUUCACCUCCUUAUAUUCUCAUUUAUUAUCUUUCACGUAUUGUUUUGUGUUAAAUUUGUUUUUAUUCAAAAAUGUUGAAAAUUUCGAGGUUCAGACCAAAAAGACAUUCGUUUUCAUUAAAUUACUGUGCCAAAUUUAUGUUCAAAACUUUUGCUCACAACGGUUUAUUGGAUCUAAGAUCUGUUGAGCCGUUUACGCUUAUCUGCUGUGUAUAUUAACCUUAUAAUGCAAUAUAUUUGUAUAUAUUGGCUACAAAAUGUACAACUGUUAUUAUUUCAUAGUAUAUUAUAAUAUCUAUUCACAUUAAUUAGGCUAAGUGUUAAUUGUUAAGAAAAAUUCAACCCUACUCACAAUAUAAAUCAGAGCUCAUGUUCCAAGAUUGAUUGGUUCUCAUUUACUUUAUCUAAUCAUUGUAAUCUUCAACUUAAUUAUAUUUUUAGUUUAAGUCGUUGAAAAAUUCUAAGUCAAAAUUAAGUAGGUACUGCUUAAAUGGUUUCGUGUUAUGUUCCUUCAAUUUGUUAUAAAGUAAUAUGUCUGUCAAAAAAUUUAAACUGAAGUAUUUACUGAUUUCCCAAGUACUUGUACUGAAUUCAACGAAAAGGGCUUCCCAUAUUAACUGUACAAAUAGUUAACUGAAUUUAUCCAUGAUUAGUAUUUACUUCAGGAAUUUUUAUUGUUUAUAUUUUUCUUCGUUUUAUUGUUUUCCCAGUCUAUUUGUUUCAAGUUUUGUGUGAUAAAUUUCUUUGUGAUAAGGUAUGUUGCAAGUUGUCAAUAACAACAUUAUUUUGUAAUUUUCCACUUUUGUAUGUUAAGUAGAACUUUGAAACAUCACGAUAGUACCCUCUGGCUGGAAAUAAUGUUUGAUGUUGGUACUGAAAGAUUUAUUUUCAUCUGUUUUUCUUAGGAGAAAAUAGUUUGAAUUUCGAUAAGCAUGAGACCAGGUGAAUGAACAACUGAUUUUUACAAUCAAAUUAUCCUUUAUCCAGAAGUAAUCUAGAUAUGCUUUCGAUUAUGUUGUGUUCAAAAACUUUCAAAUGGAAAUCUCUCCGCCAAUAUGAAGAGAAAUGGCCUUCAUAUAACUUUUUCAGCCAUAUACCAAAAAAAAUUAUUUUUUUCCUAACGAAUGGCCUAACACGAUCCCUCCUUAAGUCUAGUCCAAUAAUAAUGAAACCAAUAUUCCAGUAGUUGAAUGAGUAGCAGAGAUAUAGAGCAGAAACAGUUUGUUGAUUGACGAUACUGAAGAAAUUUGGGCAACUAGAGUUGUUAUAUCUGAAUAUUUUUUGUGGAUAAUUGGUAUACAGUUAAACUACUGUUGUAUAAUUUUAAUAUGGCAUGAUUCAAAUCCUAGUUCCUGUUUAAUAUAUUUUUAAUGAAAAAAUGUUUUAUUUGAAGUAAUUGAACCUUCUAUGGUUGUGUUUAUUCAGUAAAAUUAAAAAAAAAUGAAGUACUGGAAUGAUGUAUUAAUCAUGGUUUCCUGUUGAAGUAAAUGUGAUAAAAAGACAAUUCGUAAAUCAGAAUAUCUUGUAAUAUCACCACCAAUCAUCUAGUGAAAAUCUUAAAUGAUAUCAUGAGUAUAUUUAUCAGCUUAGACAUAUUGUAGAUGUUUGUGAUGGAUUUAUCUUUCAUUAUUUGGGUCAAAUAUGCUCACAGAACUACCUUUAUAGAUCUAAUGAAUAAAAUAUAAGCUUGAAUCUCAAUAUUCAUCUGUAAUUCCUUGUUUGCUAUUGGAAGGUAAACUCAGGGACCAGGCCAAAUGUCACGGUGAUAUCAAAUGAAUUUUAGAUGAAGUAACGAAAAAUCAAAUAUUCAAUCUACUGCAGAAAUUCAAUUCUUACCCAAAUGAAUAAAUAAUGGACUUCAGUAAGCUUAACAAUAAUAUGAUAAUCACUGUCAUUAUUUUCAACAAUUUACCUUACUGUACUGCUAAACUGAGAAAUAAUUUCAAGCUGACGUUGAAAAAUGCCUAUUCAAUUUAUGCUUCUUCGCAGUACAGUUUGGCACCUAGGAAUAAGUCGACUUAUUUAAGUGCUUUUAAAGAGCUGUCAGAUUGUUCGAUGCUCUAUACUUGUAACCCUUUGACCAGUAUGCAUUCAGUAAUAAAGGUUGUCUUAAAUGUAAA